CUUUAGGGAGAGACCUCCAGAAAGGAAGAGGCGUGGCCGGCUGGCUCUGGACAUUAAGGGCACAUGGGGGUCAGCUUCCUAGAAAGAGGAGGGGACUGUGGGGGAGCCUAGGACUGCUGUGACAGGCAUCUGGGGACAGGCACUCAGUGCCAGUACCAGGAUGGGGGUGCUGGGGGAGGCCGCCCGGGCGAGGGGCGUUUCCUGCCUCAGCUGCUGGGGAGGUCCCACGCAUGGUUCCAUGAUCCUGUGGGUGCAUCCAAGGGGAAGCUCCUCGAGCGACUCGAAGGGCUCUGGCCUCCAGCCUCCCUCCUGCCCCGCUCAGUGUCUCCUGAGCGCAGCCUUGCAGGGGGGCCAGCGUUCCCUGGCUGCCUCUCAGCUGUCCUGUUUACAUUUGUUGGGGUGAGGCCUUCCAAGGCAACCAUUUGCCUUUAUUUACUGUAUAAACGGCUGCAUAAACAUAUAUAAAUGGUGGGGAGUCAUGUAUGGUAAAUCUGUCGACAAGAAGAGCUUCCGUCGGAAGCUCUGCGGCCAUACCUAUGCGGAGCCCCUGGAUGUGUUCUGGGGUUUGCCAUCAGGCUUUGCUCUAACAUGGUUGUGCUGCACGUGCCCCAGGACACAGGCUGCCAUCUGCAUGUGUCCUGCGGCGCGGGUGGCAGCUCACUCGGACCUGAGCCUGCAUUAGGCACCUCCCAGGCUGCCCUUGAUGAGGACGGCCCGCUGGCUCCUGAGAGACCUGCCAUUGCCCCUUGAACUUCUCAGUGCCCUGGGUCAGGGUUAGGGACGCAGGCUGAUUUCCUGUCUUACCCAGAUCUCACAGCUUAUUGCCUCUUUAAGAACCUCUGACUGGGGAGAAAAUAUUUUAUUCUACAUUUAGAGGCUGAAGAAGAAAAUCUAAAUACCUAGUGAUUUUUGGCGGGAGACAUUUUCAAAGUUGAAUUCCUCAGGAGGUGUGCAUGGGCUACUGACCCCGGAGGAGAUCUUUCAGCACCUACAGAGCAUAGUGGACUUUGGCAAAAAUGUCAUGAAAGAGUUUUUAGGGGAGAACUAUGUUCAUUGUGGGGAAGUUGUUCAGCUGCCUCUGGACUUUGUGAAGCAGCUCUGUUUAAAGGUACAGUCUGAAAGACCAGAAUCUCGCUGUGACAAGGACCUGGACACUCUGAGUGGUUAUGCUCUGUGCCUUCCCAAUUUAGCCCGACUUCAGACCUACCAUUUUGCAGAGCACCGGCCCAUUCUGUGUGUAGAGAUCAAGCCAAAAUGUGGGUUUAUCCCCUUCUCCAGUGAUGUUACGCAUGAGAUGAAGCAUAAGGUGUGUCGUUACUGCAUGCACCAGCACCUCAAGGUGGCAACUGGGAAGUGGAAGCAGAUAAGUAAAUACUGUCCCCUCGAUCUCUAUUCUGGAAAUAAGCAGAGAAUGCACUUUGCCUUGAAAAGCUUGUUACAGGAGGCCCAGAACAACUUAAAGAUCUUUAAGAACGGUGAGCUGAUUUACGGCUGCACAGACGCCCGUGGCCCGGUGGCUGACCGGAGGGAGCUUGCCCGCCACCUGAAGCCAUUCUUCUUCCCAUCCAACGGCCUGGCCGGUGGGCCCAACUGCACGAGGGCCGUGAUCCGGGAGCUGGUGCGCGUCAUCACGCGGGUGCUGCUGAGUGGUUCAGACAAGGGCCGGGUGGGCGCCCUGAGGCUGGGGCCUGGGCCACAGGGCCCACGUGUCUGUGAAGCCAGCCCUUUCAGCAGGACACUGCGCCGCCAAGGAAAAAACUCCCCGGAGUGCUCGGGGUUACCGAAGGGCUGUCUUCUGUACAAAACCCUCCAGGUGCAGAUGUUGGACCUGCUGGACAUCGAAGGCCUCUACCCUCUGUACCGGCGGGUCGAGAGGUACCUGGAAGAGUUUCCCGAGGAGAGAAAAACGUUGCAAAUAGAUGGGCCUUAUGAUGAAGCGUUUUACCAGAAGCUGCUUGAUCUCUCCACUGAGGACGAUGGGACGGUGGCCUUUGCACUGACCAAGGUUCAGCAGUACCGGGUUGCCAUGACUGCGAAGGACUGCUCCAUCAUGAUUGCACUCUCCCCCUGUCUGCAGGACACCAGGUCCGAUCAAAGGCCCAUCGUCCCUUCGUCGCGGUCCAGGUUCACCUUCUCUGUGUCUGUGCUGGACCUCGACCUCAAGCCCUAUGAGAGCAUUCCUCAUCAGUAUAAACUGGACGGCAAGAUAGUCAACUACUAUUCAAAGACCCUGCAUGCCAAAGACGCUGCCGUGAUGCCGACUAGGUUCAAGGAGAGCGAAGAUUGCACGUUAGUCCUCCAUAAGGUGGGACUGCCUCUGGGAGACACACAGUGGAAGAGCACUGGGAACAUCUUCCAGGACAAGGAAUGUCCGACGUGAGCCCAGCAGUGUGCCGUGUCAUGGGGGCCGCUCUGGGCAGGUCUUCCUUCCAGCCAGGGCUCACGUCUAAUCUCUAAUGCAGAAAGCCUUACUCUAAGACCCAGGGUUUGGAUCUCCUACCCCCGACUCCUAACAUAGAAAACUUGAAUUGUCAUGCACGUCUCACAGUUUGGACUCAAGGAAACUCGGAAACUACUGGAACUGUCCCAGCUGAGUUACUUGGUCACUUUCAGUGCAAGCCCCACGCCAGCACAGGUUUCGUGGUUCCCUGCUGCACAGAGCGAUGGGUGGUUGUACGAACGUCGGUUGAGCAGCAUGGACUCGGAGGCCCUGUGGAAGUACCACACCCACCCCUCUGCGUGGUCAGCAGGGAGUGUGGGACUCAGGUCACGGGUGGACACCACUCAUGUGAGCGUUACCUUUGUUUUUUUGCUGAAUGAUUUGUCUUUAGGUUGAGGGGAGACAAGGCGUUCUUUCCCACCUGCAGGUGCUGCUGUGGAAGCUGGGAGCAGAGCCGCAGCCCUCAGCUGCCGUGCCCCGAGCAGUGUCGCGAGGCGGCUGUACUCCACCAGCUCUGUGUUCAUGGCUUGUUUGGGUGUCUGGGGCCCUCAGCCAGUUCCACCAGAGCCAGCGUUGAGUUUGCCCUCCUCCCCGUACCCGUUCCUUUCGUGGGCUUCACCGAGACCUGUGGGGUUUGCGGCCUCGAGUGGUGCUGGGCCACCUCCUUGUCUGGGCUGCCUGAGGCCCUGCUUCUGCAAGAUGAGCAACUCCUGGCUGGCACCAAGAGGGUUCUUGUUGGGGUCACCAAAGUGUGCCCGGCUGCUAAGAGAACUGUUGGGAAUCUUGGCUUCAGUUUUUAUUCUAUGGUAGGUUGUACAGAUUGAUUAUUUAUAUCGUCGUUUGAGGGACUAAUGAAGGCUUACUGUAACAUAAUAUUAUAAUUUUAGCGAAACCAUGGAAUUGUAAUGAAAAUGCUACAUGAAAAAUAAGAAUAUUUUGCUGAUUGUACAUUUUUGUGGGGAAUUUUGUGAUAACUUGAGAAUUACACUUGCUUGAAUCAA